AUGUCACUUUGGCCAAGAUCACCGAUGUGGGAGGAUCCGUUCCGUGAUUUCCCAUUCGACAUGCCUAGAAGCAUGUUCCCAUACUGGAGAAAUGCUGAUCAUUCCGUGUUACAUGUGGCGAACGAGACACAACAGGUGGUCAACAACGAUCAGAAAUUUGCCGUCUCUCUGGACGUAUCCCAAUUUCGUCCCGAAGAGUUAAGAGUUCACCUGGAAGGUCGAGAACUUGUCAUAGAAGGGAAGCAGGAGAAUAAGACCAAUAAUAACUACAUGGAAAGAUCAUUCACUCGUAAAUGGACACUUCCGGAUGGCGUAAAUAUGGAAGGGAUUCGUAGUGAACUUAACAAUGUUGGACAUUUGACGGUUGAGGCACCAAAAAUUGGACGUGAAUUGGAGCAGCGUCGUACGAUUCCUAUUCAACGAGGCCCUAAUCAGCCAUGA